UCAAUCAUGGUAUGGAAAUCUGAAUUCAACUGUUUAGUCUUUUUCUUUUAAACGACUAUUAGCUUCAUCUUCUCCAGUUUGCAUUUUGCGAUAAACGAAAAUAAAGCAGUUCUUCACCGUAGAAUCUGAAAUUUCACAGACGAAAAACGAGAAAUUUUAUUUCCUUUUUGUGAAUCUAAUUCCUGUCUUUCACCUUUGGAUUUCCACUUUUCUAUUAUUCCAAGAAGCACAUAAAGCUCGUUGCCUGAACUGUGAAUUGCAAGCUACUUUUCUGAUCUAGCUUCCUUGGCGCGGAGACGUUCUCGGUCUCUCUGUAUCGUUGAAGAAAUGGCGAAGCGUGGAUACAAGCUGCAGGAAUUUGUGGCUCAUUCCACCAAUGUAAAUUGCCUUAGCAUCGGGAAAAAGGCAUGUAGACUGUUUAUCACGGGCGGUGAUGACAACAAAGUCAAUCUCUGGACAAUUGGAAAACCCACUUCCUUAAUGAGUUUAUGUGGUCAUACAAGUCCUGUUGAAUCUGUUGCUUUCGACACAGCAGAAGUUUUGGUUCUUGCUGGAGCUUCGACAGGGGUGAUAAAGCUGUGGGAUCUGGAAGAAGCAAAAAUGGUUCGCACUCUUACUGGACACAGAUCAAACUGCACUGCUGUUGAGUUUCAUCCAUUUGGCGAGUUCUUUGCAUCUGGUUCCACAGACACAAAUUUGAAGAUCUGGGAUAUCAGAAAGAAGGGAUGCAUUCACACAUACAAGGGUCAUACUCGAGGCAUAAGUACUAUAAGAUUCACUCCUGAUGGUCGCUGGGUAGUUUCUGGCGGAUUUGAUAAUAUUGUAAAGGUGUGGGAUCUUACUGCUGGAAAGCUAUUACAUGAUUUUAAGUUCCAUGAAGGACAUAUUAGAUCCUUAGAUUUCCAUCCCCUUGAAUUUCUCCUUGCCACUGGCUCAGCAGAUAAAACUGUGAAAUUCUGGGAUUUGGAGACUUUUGAAUUGAUUGGAUCUUCCAGACCUGAGGCUACUGGAGUACGCGCAAUUACCUUCCAUCCUGAUGGGAGGACACUUUUUUGUGGAUUAGAUGAUUGUCUGAAGGUUUAUUCUUGGGAGCCCAUAAUUUGCCAUGAUGCUGUUGAUAUUGGGUGGUCCACACUUAGUGACCUCUGUAUUCAUGAAGAAAAACUUUUGGGUUGCUCGUACUACCGAAACUCCGUAGCAGUUUGGGUAGGAGAUAUAUCGCUUAUAGAGCCAUAUGGGGUUGGCUUUGUACCGGAAGAAACUGAAUGCACAGAUAAAAAAUUUAAUAUCAUGAAGGGUAAUUCUCCAGACAAAUUAAGGAGCAAAGUAAGAUCAACUUCAGAUUUUUGCGCGAUGUCUCCUGAUUAUGAUGUCAAAGAAAUAAAGAACAUAUAUGUGGAUUCUACUGGUGGAACUCCUGUUUCGUCACAGAAAGUUGGUUCUUUAAGUUCGCCAAAAAUGGUUCUCCCGUUGGACUCUAAGGAAAUAAGUAAUCUAGCAACAGAGAAGAAAAGUCCCGAGAAAGUUGUGAAUGAAAAGGCUGGUGGAGAAGCAUUUAUUAAAUCUUUUCUGGCACCCACCAUUGUACCUCGAGAUAGUCCCAUUGAGAAGAACUCUUCCAAUUAUGGAAAGGAAGCAGUCACCUUUUCAAGGACAAAACCUGGCAUGUUGCUUAGGCCAGCUCACAUGCGGAAGCCAUCAAAUAGCAAGAAUGAUGUUGACAAAUUGUCAGCAGCUCUUGAAUCUGAAAAUAUUAGCAAUAUGUCAAGCGAGGAAGAGAGCGCAAUGGAUCUGAAGUUGCUAACUUUGAAUGUACCAGAAGACAGAGAACAGAAACCCUGUGAGGAAAAAGGUUCUAACACCAAGAGUGUUGCUGAAAAGUUUGAAAAACAUUUAUCCCCAGAGGCACCUACUCGUCAGGAAAAUCGUGAUGGAUCCAUUAAUAGCAGAGAUCCUCCUCCUGUUAAAAUUGUCAAUGGAGUUGCUGUUGUAUCAGGCAGGACUCGCAGUCUGGUGGAGAAGUUUGAAAGACGAGAAAGAUUCAGCAAUGAAAACCAGUCAACAGAUAUGGCUUCGCAAACUGUAUAUGAAACAAAUAGCACACAUAGCAUAUCAAAUAAUGUCACACCUCGUACUAUACCUGAAGCAGAUAGGAAGCCCGCCACAGCAACUAAUAUGGCUCCUUAUGUUAUCCCUGAAACCAGAAAAACAGCCACCACUGGGACUAAUGAGACUUCUCAUGUUAUGCCUGAAAUGGAUAGAACCCCCAUAGCUGUUGUGACCCCUCAUGUUAUACCUGAAACUAAAAAAACACCAAACAGAGCAACUAAUACAAUCUCUCGUAUUAUCCCUGAAAUAGAUAGAACUCCUGCUACGGCAACUGCUGUGAUCCGUCGUGUUAGGCCUGAAAUGGAUAAAACAACUGUCCCAGCAAUUAAUGUGAUCCCUCUUGUUAGACCUGAAGCAGAUAGAUCACCCUUCAAAGCAACUAAUGUGAACCCUCAUGCUAUACCUGAAACAGAUGGAUCACCUUUCACAGCAACUAAUAUGACUCCUUGUGUUGUACGUGAAAUGGAUAAGACACCUCCCACGCUGGAGGAGCCUCAAAUUUCUGGAAGGGAUUUGAUUUCUUCUAAUUACAGGGAUAUUACGGAUGAUUUAAUGCAAACUCAUGAUGUAUUCUUAAGUACCCUUAAAUCCCGCUUGACAAAAUUACAGGUAGUUCGACAUUUUUGGGAACGGAAUGACAUUAAAGGUGCUAUAAGUGCCUUGAGGAAACUGCCAGAUCAUUCUGUGCAAACAGAUGUAAUCAGUUGUCUCAUGGAGAAAAUGGAGAUUCUUACCCUAGACCUAUUUUCUUGCUUGCUUCCUGUGCUUGUGGGUUUACUAGAUAGCAAGAUGGAAAGACAUACAAGUGUUUCAUUGGAGAUGCUAUUGAAGCUUGUAGCAGUUUUUGGACAAGUAAUACGCUCAACUAUUUCUGCUCCUCCAGCUGUUGGCGUUGAUCUACAUCAAGAACAAAGACUAGAAUGUUGCAAACAGUGCUUUGUCCAGUUGCAAAAGAUCCAGCAAAUUCUUCCAGCACUUAUUAGGAAAGGAGGAUUGGUGGCAAAAUCUGCUAUGGAAUUGAACCUAGUUCUCCAACAAUCCUAACUGAUAUUGCGAAAUUGCCCUGAUCCAAAUAUAGUCUUCAGGGAAUUCCACAAAGGCACAACACACUGCCAUCUAAAGGCUAAAGCCAGUUUCUGCUGCGAGUGUGAGAGUGCUCAACAGAAAGAAAUGCAACGCGAUGCUACUUGCACAUGUGAUUUUUGCAUCUCACAAUUUUGUCUGGCAGCUGCAUAUUUUUUGCUGUUCCAUAUUUUGCAAGAGGUUCCAUAUUUUGCAAGAGUCCUAUUACCGUGGUAGUUGUACGAAGCAUAACUUAGAGCAGUACAUUUUACGCGCCACUCUUGCCGCAUGAUAAGGGAAGGCAGCCAUGGUUCACACUAUAGUCCUUCCGGCAGUACCUCGAAAGAUUUUCACUGUAAGUUGUGGAUUGUAGGUGGCGUCGUCUGUAUUUUUUUGUAAACAUUGAAAUGAAUGUAAUUAUGUACAAUUGUUCUGUAUACUACACUCGUCAUAUUCAAUGAAAUUCAUAGAUUUCUUCAAA